AUGCCCGCCCCCGCCGCGCCCCGCAGCCUGGCCGCUGCCGCCGCCCCCGCCGGCAAGGCCAAGCUCACGCACCCCGGCAAGGCCAUCCUGGCAGGUGGCCUGGCUGGAGGGAUCGAGAUCUGCAUCACAUUCCCCACCGAGUAUGUGAAGACGCAGCUGCAGCUGGACGAGAAGGCAAACCCUCCCCGCUACAAGGGCAUUGGGGACUGUGUGAAGCAGACUGUCCGUGACCAUGGCGUCCGGGGGCUGUACCGGGGGCUCAGCUCGCUGUUGUACGGCUCCAUCCCCAAGGCUGCUGUCAGGUUUGGGACAUUCGAGUUCCUCAGCAACCGGAUGAGAGACGAGCAGGGGCGGCUGGACAGCACACGGGGCUUCAUCUGUGGGCUGGGGGCUGGCAUGGCUGAGGCUGUGGCCGUGGUCUGCCCCAUGGAGACUGUGAAGGUGAAGUUUAUCCAUGACCAGAGCUCUCCCAACCCCAAAUACCGUGGUUUCUUCCAUGGCGUCCGGGAGAUCGUUCGGGAACAGGGACUGAAGGGGACCUACCAGGGCUUAACUGCAACUGUCCUCAAGCAAGGAUCAAACCAGGCCAUCCGCUUCUUUGUCAUGACCUCCCUCAGGAACUGGUACAAAGGGGACAAUCCCAACAAGGCCAUUAACCCCUUCAUAACAGGGGUGUUUGGAGCCAUUGCUGGAGCUGCCAGUGUCUUUGGCAACACUCCCUUGGAUGUGGUGAAGACCAGGAUGCAGGGGCUGGAAGCGCACAAGUACAAGAACACCUGGGACUGCGCCUACCAGAUCAUGAAACACGAAGGGCCCCUGGCGUUUUACAAGGGUACAGUGCCUCGCUUGGGCCGUGUGUGUCUUGACGUGGCCAUCGUCUUCAUCAUCUACGAUGAGGUGGUCAAACUCCUCGACAAGGUGUGGAAAACGGACUGAGGGGCCGGGCCAGGCAGCCCCCACCUCCUGUGCCCCACAGGGCUUCAGCUGGAGAGCAGAGACCAAACCCACAUCCACCUGAGGCACUGCUGGGGCCAGGUCUGCCCUGCACACCCCAAACCUGGCCACCUUUAUCUUUAGGAACAGGCUCUGGAGCAGGUUACAUUACUAGUUGUGUGCUGAAAGGAGCAGGGGGGGAGCUGCAUCCCACCAUCCCAACCCCCAGCAUCCCUGUCAUGCCCACCCCAAUCUCCUGGUGACACUUUCCCCCAGCCCCACAUGAGCUAUGUGUACUGGUUGACCAGACUGAGAUGUCCCCUUAACAGUGGCCUUGGGGCUCCCAGCAGCCACGAACUCCUGACUGCCUCAGGAGCAGCUCUUUUGGGGGUGCUGAGAGCUCCCUCAAGCCAUGUGGGUGCAAUGCCAAGCUGUACAUCACAAGCUGACAACGGGGCUGCUAUCAUGGCAGGGUCACAGCUGCUCUUGGAGGGGGCCCAGCAGCCCUGCACCCCCUGGGAUGGGAGAGCAGUGACCCCAAGCUCCCUCCCUCCCUUCCAGCACCAAGACCACUGGUGUGCAACAUCCCAUCCCAUCCCAUCCCAGGGAUCCUGCUCAGCCCCGGGCUGCUGAGCAGCAGUUGCCCAAAAUUGCACAUACACCAGGCCUUUAGUUCUGCUCACUGUGGGCUGGGCUUGGGGUGAGCCGGGUGCCCCCUCAGCUGCCGUUUACAGCCGAGCCGUGCGUGCGAGCCGGGGCAGGAGGUGCAGUCCCAGCCGCAGCCUUGGCCCCUCGGCCAGGGGUGCAAACCCCUUUCUUCUGCCACAUUCCCCGCAUCCACCCUCCCGCCGCGUUUCUGUGGUGCCGUAGGUGAUCCCGUAGCUUUUGGAGCUUUAGAGCUUCACGCUGACUCACUAACACCCAUGGCCGUGGGGCUGGAGCCCUGCCCUGCCCUGCCCGUGCCAGGCUGGCCCCACUGGAUUUGUGCCAAAUUUCUCCCUGAGGGAGCUGGGGGUGCAAGAGCCAGGGCUCAACCCAUCCCUCCUCCCCUUGUAGCCAGCGAUGAGCUCAGCCUUAACACUGGAGAGUGAAGGAGGAAAGCCUGGGCACGGUUUACCUGCGGCUUUUGGCUCUGAAGCCAGUGAGGGUUGCAUUAGUUUUUUUUUUUUUUUAUUGUUAUUCUGUUUUACAUUCGCAAUUUGAAUAAAAUCAGUCUGGCUUUAGCGGCUGCGUUGGCGUCCGGGCUGUGCUGAAUGGGCAGUGAGUGGGGGACGGGGCUCUCCUUCAUGCCAAGAUGGUGCUCCUGGGGGAGCAUCAGCUCCAGCCCAGCGGUGCCCAGUCACAGAUGCUCCCAGGCAGGGUUGUGUUGUCCCGUUCACGGUGCUUUAUUAAUAAUCCUGGUUAAUUGUAUGAAGUGCCCUGCCAUGGAGCCGAGGGGCGGUGGAGCAGAAGGGAACGGGC